UAUUACCAUGUUUUCAAAAUCAUAUUUUAUUAUUCUACGAAGAUUUUCUCAAAAAAUUGCCCAGAAAGAUACAAAAACUUUAUUAACUUCAUCGAUUGUAUCAGUUAAAAGAUUUGAUCAAAUAAACUAUAAAAAUGAACCUAUAUUAGAGUAUAAACACGGAUCGGAGGAAUUAAUCAAUUUAGAAAAAUCAUUGGAUCACUACUCAUGUAAUAUAGAAGAUAUUCCUAUUGUAAUUGGUGGCAAAGAAAUAAAAACAAAUCAAGAACGUUACCAACGUAUGCCUCAUAAACAUAAAAGUAUUAUUGCUAAAUAUUAUUAUGCAGAUCAGAAUAUUAUAAAUCAAGCUAUUAGGGCAACUAAGAAAGUGAAAGAGGAUUGGGAUAAUACUGCUUAUGAAAAGCGUGUAGAAUAUUGGGAAAAAGCAGCCAGUUUAAUGGCCACUAAAUAUCGAGCUGAUUUAGUUGCUGCUACUAUGUUAGGUCAAGCUAAAACAGUUUAUCAAGCUGAAAUAGAUGCUGCAGCUGAAUUAAUUGACUUUAUCCGUUUAAGUGCCGAAUACCUAAAGGAAUUAGUUCAUUAUGAACCUUUAAAUCCAAAUGUUAAAAUUUGCAAAAAUCAUAUGAUUUGGAGAGGAUUAGAUGGUUUCGUAGCGGCAAUAAGUCCUUUUAAUUUUACUGCUAUAGGUGGUAAUUUGGCUUUUACGCCGGCGUUGAUGGGUAAUGGUGUUCUAUGGAAGCCGGCCGAUAAUGCCAUGUUAUCUAGUUGGUUAGUAUUUAAGAUAAUGCAUGAAGCAGGUUUACCUGAAGGUGUGGUAAAUUUCAUACCAGCCGAUGGUCCUACGUUUGGCAACACAGUUACAUAUUCACAAAACUUAGCUGGCAUUAAUUUUACUGGAUCUAAUGCAGUAUUUCGCAGUUUGUGGAAAUUAGUAGCCAAAUAUAUAGAUUUUCAUAAAACCUAUCCACGUUUAAGUGGAGAAUGUGGAGGUAAAAAUUAUCAUUUUGUACACCCAUCAGCCGAUGUGAACACCGUUGUAGCUUGUACUAUACGAAGUUCAUUUGAAUAUAGCGGUCAAAAGUGUUCGGCUUGUUCGAGAUUGUAUGUACCAGACAGUUUAUGGGAGAGUCAAAUUAAGAAACCACUUUGUGAGCUCACCAGGCAAUUGGUGAUUGGAGAUGUUUGUGAUUAUAAAAGUUUUACAUCGGCUGUUAUCAAUGAAAAAGCUUUUCUACGCAUUAACGAAUAUUUAGACUAUGCCAAAACUAAUUCUCAAUGUGAUGUUCUAGUCGGAGGACGUUGUUCAAAUUUACAUGGCUUUUUCAUUGAACCCACUAUAGUCCAGGUACGUGAUCCAGAAGAUCGCCUUUUUAAAGAGGAAAUAUUUGGUCCCUUACUAUCGGUUUUUGUUUACAAAGAGAAGGAUAUAGAUAAAACAAUAGAAUUAGUUCGUAAUACUUCUAAAUAUGCGUUAACGGGUGCCGUAUUUGCUACAGAUGAACAAUUUUUAAAAGAAGCUCUAUGUAAAUUUAAAUGUACAGCUGGUAACUUUUAUAUAAAUGAUAAAUCUACAGGAGCUGUUGUCGGUCAGCAAGCAUUUGGUGGUGGAAAGUUGUCUGGAACUAAUGAUAAACCUGGUAGUCCUUACUAUUUAUUACGUUGGACUUCGCCCCAAACUAUUAAGGAAACUUUUGUGCCCCAAACAGAUGUUUAUUAUCCGUAUAUGGGAAUAGAUACAACUUGAAUUAUUGUUACAUAUAUACAUAAAUAAAAAAAUUAAAAGGUAUUUAAACGGAAACGAAUUGUUACUUGUAUAAUACUAAUACAUAUUAGGAAAUAGGCACAUCGAUUAUUUUUCCGAUUUGUUUCAUGUACUCGUCAUAUAAU